AUGAACAAAAGUGGUUCUUUCAGUGCAAUUUAUUCAGCAAACUGGGCUGAAGGUCCUCGACGGACUUUGGAUGUAGGUGCCGAACAAUGGAUACGUAGUGGACCAACAGAUGUCGUUCUUAAGAGAAUUGACAAUUCACAAAACAUGAGCCAAUUAUAUUUAAAUCAACUCUAUAAAUAUCAUAUUUGCCUUAGAAGUGGAUGUUUGGCGAGCUAUUUCGGAAUAACCAAAGAUCCUACUUCAAAUUAUGCGUUCGUUAUGAAACUUUAUGAAGGCGGUGACUUAAACUCAUAUCUUGGGGUUCCGAAUUGGAAAGGUAUUGUUGAUAUGCUUUGGGAUAUUUCUGCAGGUAUCCGAUAUAUUCAUGAUAAUGAAUUAAUUCAUGGAAAUAUUCAUGGAGGAAAUAUAUUGAUUCGUAAUCAUCGUGAUUCGGAUAAUCCUAUGGAUGAGAUUCAAACUCGUAUCGCUGAUGUAGGAAUACACGGUCCUGUUGACAGGAACAACUCAAAUGAUAUAUAUGGAGUCCUUCCUUAUGUGGCCCCUGAAGUUUUGAAAGGGUCUCCACUAUCAAAAGCUUCGGACAUCUAUAGCUUCGGAAUGAUCAUGUGGAUACUCGCCGCUGGUGUUCGUCCAUGGUGUAAUAGGGCACAUGACCUUAAUCUCGCUAAAGAAAUUUGUUCUGGUCUUCGUCCUGAAAUUCCUGAAGAAACGCCUUACAUUUAUAUUCAAUUAAUGGAACAAUGUUGGGAUCCGGAUCCUUCAAACCGUCCAUCUGCCUUGCAUUUAUGUUGUAUGUUUGAAGAAUGGACGGAAUCUUUUGAUGAUUCUGGCAAUUUUGAUGCGGAUCCAGUGCAAAGAUUAGAAGAUUCGGAUUGUCAUCCUCAAGCUUUCUAUACAAGCAAUUUAUUAUACUUUCCUGAAUUAAUUAAUUCAUAA